GGAGGGAGGGGAGGGAGCCGAGCCGAGCCGCCAAUGGGCGCGGCCGAGGUGGGCGCGCGCAGCGUGGAUUGUUUAUAUCUCGCCUGUGGGAAGGAGGCCGGGGUGCGGCGCCUGCUGAUGUGGAGCGGAGGGAGGCGCGCUCGCUCGCUUGCUUCUGAGGGGCCGGGAGAGGAGGAGGAGGGGAGCGGCUCUGUGGCUGGACGGCUGAGAUUACCUCUCCAAACACGCCAUGGCACGCCGUAUGCGCAACAGCAGAGCCUGGCACUAUGUCCUGAGUGGAGUACGCCGUGAUGCAGAUUCAAGGACAGUAGCAGUGCCCUCUGGAUCCCUUAGCUGGUCGUCUGAUUCUGAUGGGCAGCACAGCGACUCUGAUUCAGAGCCAGAAUUUCCUUCUCUUUUGCCUUCCAUACCCACAGCAAUCCCUGUAACUGGAGAGUCGUACUGUAACUGUGAAAACCAGAAUGAAGCUCCAUUCUGCUCUAAUGUGCACACUAUUCACCGGAUCAAAGACUGUCAGUGUGGAGAGGAGGAUGAAUAUUUUGACUGGGUAUGGGAUGACCUGAACAAAUCCACUGCAACAUUGUUGACCUGUGAUGACCGUAAGGUGAACUUCCACAUGGACUACAGCUGUGGCACUGCUGCAGUCCGGGGAAACAAGGAGCUAGCAGAAGGGCAACACUUCUGGGAAAUCAAGAUGACCUCACCCGUCUAUGGCACUGACAUGAUGGUGGGAAUUGGGACAUCAGAUGUGAAUCUGGACAAGUACCGCCACACGUUUUGUAGCUUGCUGGGCAAAGAUGAAGAUAGCUGGGGCCUCUCAUAUACAGGACUCCUCCACCACAAGGGAGACAGAACCAACUUCUCGACAAGGUUUGGCCAAGGCUCCAUUAUUGGAGUGCACCUGGACACCUGGCAUGGGACUCUCACCUUUUUCAAAAACAGGAAAUGCAUAGGAGUAGCUGCCACCAAACUUCAGAACAAGAGAUUCUACCCCAUGGUAUGCUCAACGGCCGCUAAGAGCAGCAUGAAAGUAAUCCGCUCUUGUGGCAGCCACACCUCCCUGCAGUACCUUUGCUGUUUCCGUCUCCGCCAGCUGCUUCCUGAAUAUGUGGAUACACUCGAUGUGCUGCCCCUUCCCCCUGGACUGAAGCAAAUUCUGCACAACAAACUGGGCUGGGUGCUGAGCAUGAACUGUGGCUCGAUUCAGCCACCCUCCCCCACCUCAGGAAGUGAUUCAGAUAGCUCUUGCAGUUCAGAUGCUGAGGAAUGUCAGCGAAAGAGAUGCAGGAGGACAUAAAACUUUCUUUGAAGGCCAUGUCUUGAAGGAUGAGGGUUUCCCCUCACUGUCUUUAUAAGGGUGGUUCAAGCUGGCUCCUCAAUGAGGGGAAAGAUUCCCCCACUCUUUCUAGUGAAAUCUUGGAACUCAACAAGUGUUUCCUGCUUUGGAAGAGACCUAUCUUCAGGAGGCAAGCCAUUCCUGUAGUUUGAUUACCCCCGUUUGCCUCCUGCUCAUAAACUACAGUUGCCAAGUUUUCUGGAAGAGUCUCUGAACCUUGAGACAUACAGCAGCCAAACAGGACAAGGAACACUUUCCUCCCAACAACCCAAUGAAUGAGACUCAAUUUAUGAUGAAAACAGAGAAGCCAAUGUACUGUGUUGGUUGGCCACUUGCAAGUAAUGCCUCUGGGACACAGAAACAGCCAUCUUUAUCAAUAUAAAAAGGGCUCUUAAUCUCUUGUGUGUUUUUCAGUGCUUUGGCACAGACAGUUCUGGUGCAAAAUUAACUUGCUAGACUGUGUAAGUGAACUCAUGUGAGCCUUGCAGCUUUAAUUGCUUUGCAUGUCUACCCGCUGCUUCUCCUGUAUUGAACUAUAUGAAAACAUAAUUAAAAUACAAGCUGCAUUGAAUUAUGAGGGUUGAACACGGGCAUAAGUGACUAAUGGUUUUGUUUCUAGUACUGCUGUGGGACUUUGCAUCUCAAGGUUCCUCGGUGACAUGGCUCAGCCAAUACCAAACCAUUGUUUGGCAUUAAGUGCAUGACCUGCACACUCAAAUCUCAAUCUUUGUUUUCACAAAUCAUAGAUUGCCAUUGCCUUUGAACUGGGCGCAUAAUGGUUUUAUUUUGGGAUGCUUGUGUCCCACCCUUUAAUACACAGGGUGGCUUAUGAUUGUACCAAAUCAAACAUGAGAUUUAAAAGCAUGUUGAAAACACUGAAAGCAGGGUAAGAACCUCAUGGAGAUAAAAGAUGGUUUAGCUCGGGUGAUUUGGUAAUGUCAGACUUGCAUAAACUACUUUGUUUUCUAGAACUGGAGUCUAUUUUGUUAACUAAAAUCUUGUUGCCUGCCUUCAUCUAGACCAUUUGCUAAAUAAUGACUAGAGUGGGGUAUGUGGACAUAGUUAGAAUUAAAGAAAAGAGUGCCUUUGAGCACCAUAUGAACUGAGUUUACAUUCCUGUCACAUAAAGAUCUCCUAUUGGGCUUCUUCCAAGCUUUAUUUGUUGCUGCAUCCUAAUUUACUAAUUAAAUGCUCUUUUGCUGCUA